CUUUAAAUCGUCGUUGGUACGCAAUCGUGAGUCGAUACGGAAGUCCGGCAAGCGAACAUUUAUUCUAGUCCGUCCAAACCUAAUUCCAUUUGUUUAAAUACCUCAAGUCUAUGACUAAGACUUGGAUCCAAUUUGUAUGCUGUCGCUAUGUCAGAUGUUUUCUUGUACAUUUAUGAUCUUUCAAGUGGCCUAGCUAGUGUUUUUAGUCCUGGUCUCUUGGGCAAGAAAAUUGAUGGAAUAUGGCAUACUGCUUCUGUUUUGUAUGAUAAGGAAUUUUUCUUUGGACAAUCAGGAAUUCAGUAUUGUGAGCCAGUGAGUUUUAACCUAGAACGUGUUUAUGUUCAUUCAGUGAAUUUAACAAGUCCUUUAAAGAAAUAGCAUUACAUACUGUAAUUCAUCUACAAAUUACAAUAUUGAUAUCUACGAAAAUAAUCAAGAAUAAUGUGCGUAACUUCGGGCGUGUUGAUUAAAAUCGUCUAUUCACUAGUUACGGACUUUGAUAGUCCAAUUCUAGCUUUACGAAAACUUCAGAAAAGGCCGGUCGGUUGUAUGCGUUCACUAUUCAUAUCUGGGAUCUGUCUAACAAUUGACAUCCUUAUCCAAUACAUGUAAGGGAGUAGAGUAAUCAAGAGAUGGGUUUUAAUCGACGUUUAUUCACCAGAAAAUACAUCCAGUCUCAUUAUUUCGCGAGGUAGUUUUAUCCUACCACAAUAACUACCUGUAAACAGUUAAUUUGUUAUCCAAUCAUAACUAAAAGUACUCUAAAUGGGUCAUUUGUAUUUGUUUAAUUUAUUUCCUGUUUCUCAAUAUAAUUGAUGUGUAAUAAUUUUCCGUCCUCCAGUGUUCUGGUUUUCUGUUUCUGUUGGUUAUAUGCAUCCUUGCUCUUGUAGUACAAUAAAUCAAUCCACAAAGUUUCGUGUCUAAUUUUCAUUAUUGAUACUUCGCUCUUCCAACAUCCUUUUUGGUUUUAAGUUAGUUUUCCACUACUCACGUGAAGUUAGUCUUGUGUACUGCAAAUCUACUGACCAUCCAUGUGCAUACUGUAUAAAAGGAAUGAUUUUUUAAAGAUUCGACUUCAGAAACAUGUAGUGGUCAGUAUAUCAUUAAACUGCGGCCUCUGCAUCUAAUUGAACCGUACAAAAACUAAUAACAGGGCGUUUUUUUCUUCUCAGAUGUAAUUUCUAAUCGCUUUCGGCGAAUCAAAAAAGUGCCAUCUCCGGACCCGCUACUAUGUAAUGUUAUAUCCAAUAAAAUUGUACUUGUCUCUUUGACGUAUCUAAUCAAAAUGUUAUUCACUACAUGUUGGCUUUUUCCGAUGUUUCGUAUGAAGUGAUUUUUAUUCAAUUUUGCAUUUCCAGUCUUGAGGUUUUAGGGAUCUUGUAUGUAAGACAGUUAUUUUAACGUUAGUUGUUUGUCCGGGGAAGUUGCUGAGGUGCUGAAAAAUAUAUAAAACCUUUUAGAAUGUUUUUUCUAUUUAAUAAGACCUAGGAGUCAGUGGUUCAUGUGUUUGACUUCUAGUCACUAAGUGUCGGGUUGGAGCCCUGCCUCACCUUUAUCUUCAAAAUCUCGUUUUCUAUUUUUUUGUAUUCUCUUCACUCAAGUUCAUGUUCAUCCUGAUCUUCGUUUCCACCAACUCUGUUUUUGUAUCGUUCCAAAGGAUGGAAGGUUGGAAUGAUACAUUUUGAAAUUCUACAUUGAUAUAUUUCUCUUACAGUGCUCAACCUCUUUAGGAAAUCCAUUAAAAAAGCAAUUCAUGGGGAAGACACCAUUGUCAGAAUCUGAAAUUUUCAACUAUUUAGAGCGACUAUCCAAUACAUUGUUCAAACCAGGCGAUUAUUCGCUUUUUGAACAUAAUUGUAACACUUUCAGUGAACACUUUAUAUUUCACUUGACUGGACAGCAUAUCCCAUCGUAUAUAUUGAACUUACCUAAUGAAGUUUUGUCUACACCAUUUGGAGCUUCAUUAGGUUCAGCUUUGAAUGUCCUGUCGGUUGGAAUCAAUUCCAAAACACAUUUGAAUAGUAUUAAAGAAAUUCCAUCUAAUAACGAUAAACAUACAUACGCUGAUAUUAUUAAAUCUUUUCGACCAAUAUUUUUUGAUGAACCUUUAUCCUCAGAACUUCUUCCUCAUCGUAUAUAUUUGUUAUGGCCAGCUGAGGGGAAUUCAAGUUUACCAACUUUAGCUUCAGAGUUAUCAAGAGUACUACUUCGUGAGAACACGGAAGUAAAAUGUGCUGAAGAAUGUUCACCUCUACUUGCAUUGGAUGAAUUGAUUACUGGUGAUCAAUGUCGGGCAGUAUGUGAAUUAUUCCGUUUAGCUAUAUGGAAAGAUCCUAAUAUAUUGAUGAAUUUGUUCACUGAUCCAAGACGUUUAUUGCACAAAUUAAGUACAGUUAAAACACCUUAUGUAAAACCAUGUGAAUUUUACGAUAUUGAAGCAUCUCGUGCAAAAUUACUGUGCAACUGUUUAGGUUUAUCAUUGAACUGGACGAUCAUGCGUGAUGAUGAUAUGAAACUAGAUAUCAAUAGUAUUAUGCAAAUUAGUUUAACCCUGUUAAAUCAUGAUGUUGAAAAUCAUUUAUCCAAAGAGAUUAUGGGAUCCGCUUCCACACCAUCAACAGUAAUAACACCCAGUUAUUUACCAAAUUUAUUGCCAGAACAUAAACUGGUCGGUUUAGCAUUAGCCCACAAUGUUUCCUUAUAUCCAACGCUCAGUGAAAAUGAAGCGUUAGAACUGGGAAGUUAUUUGUUACAUCUAGCUGUAACAAGUGAAAAAUCAUUUAAAUAUCCAAUCGAUACAAUUUAUUUACUGCGUGCAGUCUACUUCUUAGCUGUACGAUUUUCAAGUCUUGCUGACUUAGCCAAAUGUUAUGAUAUUGAAACAUUUCUUCAUGAACUCAUUAAUGAAAGACACUAUUCAAAUCAUAAUGUAAUCCCGUCGUCAUCAUCAUUAAACUCGUCAACUGUUCCAAACGAACACAAACACCAGGUUGACUACAAAAAUAGUUUAUCUCAGACCACAAGAACAAGCAGUCUUUUUCAACCUUCAAAGAAUAUAGAAAGUGGUAUUGAAUCAGAUUCAUUGACAACUUUCGACUAUUUGAUCGCUUCAAAACUGCUGAAUUUUUUAUCAAGUAAUUGUGAAUCAGAUGAGAUAUAACAAAGCGCCAUUAAUUUGUGAAUAAUUUCAAAGUGAAUAUUAUACUAUUCUUGUUAAUUUUAGGAAGUGACUUUUUAUUUUUACCGUUUUCAACACCAUCAGCGCUAUCAUCAUCAUUACUGUCAUUGUUAUUACUUGAAAGUGAUUUACGUUUAUUUUUUCACCGAUUAAUUUUCAAUAUUCAUUCUAAUAUAUUUUAUUCAUCCUACUUUCUGUUUCCUUCUCAACGUCAAUUAAUUAAGGUCUCGUCCAAUAUUCAUAUUGCUCGUUUUCUUUAAUGACAUUGAGAAUAUUAUAUUUUACUAUUGAAAAUAGACGGCUUUUUUCUUACAUUUCUUAUUUACCAUUUCAUUUAAUUGUUUAAUUUUGUGUGUGUAUGUGUGGUUUUAUCAUUAGUUGUAUUAGUGAUAUAGAUGCCGAAUCGUUGUCGACAUAAUACAGUUGACUUGGUCUUGUUCACGAAGUAUUUGGUUUAUAUGAGUAUAAGUGGAGACACUGUACAGCUGUUUUGUCGUAGUAUAUUAAUCCUCAGCAGUAUACAUCCAUGACCCCACUGCCGGUAAUAGAAGCUAGAACAUUCAGAUCUCGCGAUGAGGGAUUAACCUUUAAUUUACCAAGUCGACAUACAGUGGUUUGUAUUCUUAGUUUCGAUGCCUGGUGUGGUUGUAGGUGUAUACUGCUGACGAUUUCACAAUAUUUCAGUUUUUUAGAAUCAACACUAAAUAUAUAGAGAUAUGGGGUUUAAAAUUGUAUGUAUGUAUGGACGUAUGAUGAAUACGAUGUUAGAAUAGCUAUCCGCGAUAAUAAUAUUUGUAAAGACACCUGAUAUCGACGACUUUCAGGGACUUAUUAGCCAAUCAAAAAGCGUCAGUUAUGUAAGAAUUGUUUAAUAAACAGUUUUCACAUAAUGGAUGAACAUUCACAUUAUUGGAUUAUUUAUGAAAGUAAACGGGAAAGGGUUGGGAUUUAACAUUCGAAGUCGGAGUAGAGCUAUGAGACUGGGUUAGGAGUGCUAGAGUUAGGUGUAUAGGUUAGGAUGGAAGAAUACUUUUUAUCUACAAAAGUAUCCUUUACUACUCAUUGAGUCACAUCAAACGCUCACUGUAUUAGAAUCAGUUAUUCUUUAUAACGUAAUUUAAGCACCAUCUUGUAUUUACUGUGUGGUUGGAUAAAAGAUAUUUUAUUAUUCUGAGAACUAGAUAUUGGCAGUUUUCAAUCAGUUGUUAGCCCCCUGCCAUUAGUUUUUGAAUUUUGCUCAACAACUCAAUGCCAUCUUAAAUCUGGUUGACUCGUGAAUAUAGCAUAUUUUUGUCAAAAUAUCUUCAGCAAAGCAUAGUAAUAAUUAAUAGAUUAAUCUUAAUUCAAGUUGUUAGAUAUCAAUAUAACUGUAUCCUAAAAGGAACGAAUGUUGCUUACAACAGAACAUACAAAACAAAUGGAUACAGUUUCAAAACUUUGCUCUUGUUUCAAGUACCCUAACGUUACAAACUUUAAUAUUACUAUAAAUUCAACUUUACAUACUUUAAUUCUAACUUUAAGAAUGUAAUUUUAUGAGUUAGUAUUAUUUAAAUUAAUACAUACAGUAUUGAUGAUACCUAACGAAUAUGUAAAAUACACAGUAUUAAUCCUCCCGUAGAUAUUCUACAUCGUAAACAAUACAUUUACAACCACUUUAUAUUUAUGACUAACUUUGAAUGUCUAAUUUCUUGUUAUCUUAAACA